GGGCUCGGCGGAGGCGCGAGGCGGGCAACGGGGCAACGGGGCAACAGUCUUCGGAAGCAGUUGACAAAUAAGCGAGCGGCCGGAGCUAGUUGCCCGAUUCCGAAAGACAGUGUAGACACAAGGGCAACGGAGAUAGCAAGAGGGAGACAGAGUCGUGUUAGUCAGUACCAUUGUAGAGAGUACACGGCUCUCCAGCGUGGCCAGUUCGCUGUAAUCGUCCGGGGAUGGCGCUGGCGUCAGGAGAGGAGUGGAGCCAGCGUGAUGGGGUUCUCGUCGGUGCCGGCGUUAGUCUCGGAUCCUGUUUUUCUCCGAGCGAAGGGGAGCUCGCACUGCGCAGGUGGUCGCGGACAGACAGGCUGUACCAGCGAGAGAGAGAUCGGUCAGCUCAAGAGGGUGCGGUUGGCGCCAACAGGCUGGACGAGUGGGGCUCGGAUGUGAUGUGGAACCACUUGUGCAGAGAUCCUUGUGCACCGCUUCCGCUGCCGAUGAUGACGGACGCAGAGCAAAUGGACGAGAGCAAGAAGACGCAGAAGGCGUGCGAUGAGUGUCGGUCCAGGAAGGUGAAAUGCGACGGGCUACCAACGUGCACCCGGUGUGUGAACAAGGGGUUUCCGUGCACAUACAACUACGUGUUCAAGAAACGGCUGCGGAAGAAGAUGCAGGAGAUGGUGAACCAGCCGAAGCGACGCAGGGGACGCCCCCGCAAGUCCAGCAUCGUCAACUCGCCGCUUGUGUCGGACAGGGACCCGGCAGCCGAGGCCGCCGGGCCAGCCAGCAGCAACAACACGAGCACGUCGAACUUGGGUUCGACGAGCGGAAGGUACGCAGGCUCCCUCGGUGCGUCCACCCCGGCUUCGACGGUUGGUGCUGGCGCCGCUGCCGCAGUGUCCGCACAGCAGUACCUGCCGCAGCCUCUGCCCCUGCCGAUCCCCAUGUCGACGUCGGUCUCGGCGCCCCUGGGCGCCGCCGAAGCAACCUUUCCCUACCCGGUUGCAAACAAUACAUCCUUUGCCGGUGCCAUACCGAGCUACGAUGCGGGCUUCUACAGGAACACGGUGCCGAGCAACCCACUGGCGCUCUCGCAGCUCUCCGGCUCGCCGGCGCCGGCACCGGCACCAGCACAUGCGACGGAACAGGACUCCAGCGUCGAGCAGCGGCUCCAGAAGAUGGAGUCCAUGAUUUCCCUGCUGCUGGAUAAGGUCUCGAGCAAGAGCCCCCGUCCAAGUGCGCUUUCGGCUGCAAACUUCGGACCCUCGCAGGCCGGCACAGGUGGAUGUGCCGGUGCACUCUCCCUCACCGGGGUCAACUUAGAUGCCUCCAGCGCACGGGCCACGUCGGAUAUCGCCUCCAACUCCAACUCAAAUACCCACGCCUCCUUCACAAUGAAUCACAACACUUUCUCCGGCUCGGAAAGGUCCAAAGCCAACGACUCCCCGCAGCUUUUUGAAAGUGGCUGCAGCUCGCUCACAAACCCAGAAAGCUUGCAGAAAUGGGUCGGCCUUCUCAUGCAUACCUCCAUUUUUUUCUUGUCGCCCAUAGGAAUGAAGACUCUAGAGAACAAGAUGGAAAACCCAGAGGCUCUGGCCCCCUUGAAGCAGAUCGUGCAAGUCUCCACGCCCUGCGAGCGGAAAAUCAUCUCCAUCUGGACAAAUCCCAUUUAUGAAUCACAGUUGACUCCGCUACCUAGCAGAGCCAACAUAGAAUGUUUGUUGCAGGCUUUGAGUGCGCCCUUCUUCCUCCUUAAAGUGCUAGACGUGGGCUACUUGAAGCAUUUACUGCGGCUGUAUUGUGACUUCAGGGAUGGCCUAAUACCCGAACCAUAUUUUUCCUACUCCGAUUACCUACUCAUGAAUAGUAGUCUGCUAGUGGCGUGCUUGGUCAUUGAAGAGUUUUCGGAAAAAGCUUUGAACGGAGGCGGCCCAAUGCCGGACUUCAAAUCAUUACGGGAAGUGUCCGAUAACCUAUUGGACAAUGCAUUAUUCUACUACUCGAGACUUUCCGUUAUAUCCGGCGGAGUUUCAUCCAUCGUUGGUUCACUAUUUUUGGCGUUCUAUGCUGACAGUAUCUCCUUAUCAAGAGCAGCAUAUCUAAUCUCAAGUUCCGCCAUCAGACAAGCCCAGGAGCUUGGCCUACACAUAGAAGAGACUUACAGGACAUUACCACAACAUGAGAGAGCCUUGAGGUUAAACAUUUGGUGGGCAUGUUACGUCUUUGACAGAGAGCUAUGCAUUAGAUGGGGUCAGACCCCUGUCAUCAACGAUAAUGAUAUUUCAGCACCGCCAUUACCUGGGUUUGAGGCAUAUUGGUCACCAAAUCAAACAGCCGAACAAGGUCCCUCGAAACGAUCCAUUUAUCAUUUUGAAAUUCAAACUUUGUUAGAACCAUUACUAGAAAAUCCGUCUUCUUCAAUAGACUUGGAACAGUACAUUUCAACUGAUUAUGCAUUCAUAACUGCCAAAGUAUACGAUAACUUCUUGAGAGCAGGGGCUUUGAAGAAUGUGAGUAAAAAAGAAGCAAAAGAGCGCUUGAUUCAUACAAUUGCGGAGUUGGAUUACUGGAAGGAAAGUAUUCCGAAGCCUAUCAGACCAAGAACAAAGGAGGAUGAUGACAAAUCUUUUUAUGAAUUUAUUGAAAAGUUGACUCUUACCAACACGAUGUAUUCUCUCCAUUUAAUGAUUAUGGCAACUUCCUUACAUGUCAGAUACCACCAUGUGAAGUUAAUGGUUUUCAGGGCUUACACCAAACAUUGCUUUGUGGAAUAUGGCGAUCGAAUCGACGAUGAGCUAUUGAGUGAGCCUACAAUUUCGGCAAGAAACAUUUUACACAUGUCCUGUGUGGUUGAUAGUAGGUUUGGAAACUACGUGAACUAUUUCAUCUUUUAUCCUUUCAACGCCUUUUUAUCGAUCUGUGGGUUAUACAUUCUUCUUGAAAAGGAACCUCCGGAUUUGAGGUCCGACCUUCAGUUGCUCAUUGAUUCCAUCAAACUACAUUUCACUCCUUUUGUCUCCAACAAGAAACAUCAUGAGAAGGGUGGAAUGGUAGAAUUGGUCCUCAAAGGAAUGCUAUACGCAACUUAUGUUACAUGCAAAAGCCGAUUUGGCGAUAUCCCCUUAGAAGGACUUGAAGUUCUAGACGAUGCCAGGGCAAUAGCAGAAGGAAAUAAAACCGCGGCGGAAAUAGUGUGUCCAGUUCUCAAUAUGAUCGAGACAAGGGUCUCACCAGAAAGACCUCUUUGUAAGCUACCUUAUUUCUACAACCAGAACCCAUCUCUGUUCAUCACAAAGGAUGACAAUAGCCAUUCUCGUGAGUCACCCCUACAUUCUGCGUCACAUUCGCCAAUCGAUCGGCCGAGUCAGUUAUCAGAUAUACCCAUACUUGUCGGUAACGAUACCGACCGAACUCCCAAUGUGUCGUUUUUACUUUCCCCCUCGCAUCAACCCACUGAAGGCAAUAUUCGACUCAAUCCAGCAAAUGCUACGACUGUUGGGUUCAAGGCAGAAGGCUCAGAAGACAAGAACCCAUUUCUCAGUAAUGGAGCUGUCAAACUUGACAAAGAUCCGGAACCAGAUUAUUUCAACAUGAGCGACGUUAAUUCUAAAGACACUCUUUUCCAUAAUAUGCUGAACAUUCCGAAUUACUUUUUCGACUACCUGUAUGAGGAUACAAAUAAUACAGCUUUAACGGGGUUCCCUUGAUGAACUAUAAUGAAUUUGCCAUGAAUGAAAUUUUGUAUAUAAGUAUAUAUCACCGAUACCUUACACACAUUGGGUUUAACAGUAAACAAUGCCCGUUUUUCUCGCAUUUGUAUGUACUUUAAUAGAUUGUAUUUAUAGUGAAACUCGAACCCCCUAAAG